AUGAGGGCUGCACCUCUCUCUCUGCUGGUCCUGCUGUUAUGGGCGAUGAGGACGCUGAUGGGGGCUGGGACCCCUGGAGAAGAAACACCUGGGGAGCCUGCAGGCACUGGGGGUCUCAUCUUCCACCAAGACUGGGACUGGCCAGCCCCCCAGGUUUUGCCUCCACGCAGCCAGCGAGACUCCCUGUGCCUGGUGACGCUGGCUGGUGGCAGCAACGGCAGCAGUGCCCCCCUCCGGGUGACGGGAGCCCUGAGGGGCUAUGAGCAGGCCUUCUUGGAGGCCGUGCAUCGAGCCCACUGGGGGCCUCGUGACCUGGCCGCCUUCGGCGUCUGCACCCCUAGCCACGAGCACGCUGCGCUGCCCCUUUUACGGUGGCUUAGAGUGUGGCUGGGGGAGCCCCGGGGGCAGCAGCUGGCAGUCCUGCACCUGGAGGAAGUGACGUGGGAGCCAACACCCUCGCUGAGGUUCCAGGAGCCUCCAUCUGGAGAAAUCAGCCCCCCGGAGAUGGCGCUGCUGGUGCUGUACCCCGGGCCCGGCCCAGAGGUCACUGUAACGGGGGCCGGGCUGCUGGGCACCCAGAGUCUCUGCCUGUCCCGGGACACCGGCUACCUGGCGCUGGCAGUGGACCGCCCCGCGGGGGCCUGGCAGGGCGUGGGUCUUGCCCUAACGCUUCGGCACCGCGAAAACGGUACCGCCCUGAGCACCGCGCAGCUGCAGGCGUUGCUGUUCGGCGCCGACCCCCGAUGCUUCACGCGGAGGACCCCGGUCCUCCUCCUGUUGCCGAGGCCCGGGCUCACGGCCAUGCCCGCGCGCGGUCAGCUAGACACAGUGCCCUUCCCAUCGCCCAGUCCCAACCCAGAGCCCGAGGAUCCACUCCCUGGCGCCGGCACCGAUCCCUUCCUGGAGACACUCACGCGCCUGGUGCGGGCGCUACGGGGACCCCACGCCCGGGCCUCGCCGCCGCGCCUGGCCCUGGACCCCGCCGCGCUGGCCGGCUUCCCGCAGGGCCUGGUCAACCUGUCGGACCCGGUGGCCCUGGAGCGCCUGCUUGACGGCGGCGAGGAGCCCCUGCUGCUGCUGCUGCCGCCCGCCGCUGCCGCCGCGGGGGACCCCACGCCGCCGCCGGGCCCCGAGUCCUCGCCGUGGGCGGCCGACCUGGCGCGCCGAGUGGCCGCGGAGCUGCAGGCGGCUGCCGCCGAGCUGCGCGGCCUCCCGGGGCUGCCGCCCGCCGCCCCGCCGCUGCUGGCGCGCUUGCUGGCGCUGUGCCCCGGGGACUCCGGGGGCCCCGGCGGCCCGCUGCGCGCGCUGCUGCUGCUGAAGGCGCUGCAGAGCCUGCGCGCCGAGUGGCGCGGGAGGGCGUGGGGCGGGCCCGCGCGGGCGCAGCGCAGCGCGGGGGCCGGGGCCGCGGACGAGCCGUGCGCGCUGCGCGAGCUGAGCGUGGACCUCCGUGCGGAGCGCUCGGUGCUCAUCCCGGAGACGUACCAGGCCAACAACUGCCAGGGCUCCUGCGGCUGGCCGCAGUCCGACCGCAACCCGCGCUACGGCAACCACGUGGUGCUGCUGCUCAAGAUGCAGGCCCGCGGGGCGGCCCUGGCGCGCCCUCCCUGCUGCGUGCCCACGGCCUACGCGGGCAAGCUGCUCAUCACCCUGUCGGAGGAGCGCAUCAGCGCGCACCACGUGCCCAACAUGGUGGCCACCGAGUGCGGCUGCCGGUGA